AUGAACGUGUAUCACUUGCUCUUCUGUGGCAUCUUUGUGCCUAGUGUCCUUGGACAAACGAGGUUCGGUUCCCACGGUUAUACCAAAUAUGAACCUGGUGACAUGAAUAUCAUCAUAACCGCUUCUCACGGGGGGAGGCUGACUCCCUUACGUCAGGCUAAUGGUGACGACUGGCCAGAUAGGAAGAAUGGCUGUAAAGAUGAAUUCGAGAACUGUAUCUAUACUCACUCAUGCUCUUCAGCUAAUAGAGAUUGCCCCACCAGAACAUUGAGAGAUAGAAACACCAAAGAAAUUGCUCAAGAUCUUGCAGACAAAAUCAAGGAAAUUACAGGUAAUGGACAGAUAUUAAAUAAUAAUUCAAAUGAAACGAUGCACUUUUUUCUAAGAUGGAAUGUGUGAGUAUCAGGUUAACGUCUUCUGCGCGUAUUAGAUGAUGGUUACAAUCGUUCAGUGCUCAGAUGCAUUUAUUAUGCAUUAGAAAAAGAAACAACAUCUUAUUACGGGUGCCUCUACCCCUUGAAAAUGUAGCUAUACACACUCAUGCUCUCCCACCACUACAGAGUGUGCCACUAAAGCAUUCAGAGGUUCGUACACACCAGUGGUGAGAUCGCUGGAGACCUUGCAGAUACAAUCAGAGACAUAACAGGUGGAAGAAAGUCAAAAUUUGUUCUGCGCUUUUAGUUAAACGGAAUAAUCCCGAUUGAUCAAACACCUAUCGUUUAUUGUACUGGUAAACUCAUGGAAAAUUUUAUCAAAAUUCAUAUGGCAACCAGCUGGAUAAUCAAACAUGGCUUGAUGCUACUCUGGUUUAGAGAUUUAAUGAAUAAAUAACCGAUGACAGAAAAAGGCGGUCUUGUGCUCAAGGUGCUGCAUGUCACACUGGAGGCAAAACAUGCAGUCAGUUUUUGUACUUAGUGGUCAAGUUGAUUCGUUUUACAGCAGAACAAACGACCAAACGUUUUAACAACGUCUGAGGCUGUUAAAACAGCCUUUUUGCGUACUUUAUUGGCGAUCUUAUGUUUUUCCAUACUUUUUUUCAUUAAUUUUUGUUGUUAAACAUUUGUCGAUUUGACUGUGGGAGGCGCGGUGGCUUUGCGGUCAGUGUGCUGGAUUCUAAGUCGAUAAGCUGCGACUGGAUGGGUUUUUUGACUCGAGCACAGAAUUUCUUAAAACCAUCUUUACAUGCACUUAAGAGAAGAAGUUCUUUUGGUCCAUUCUAUCUAUAUAAAGAAAAAUUAUACGAAGGAUCCGUGACUCAAGCCACAAGAAAUAUUUAUUCAAUUUCCUUUCCUUAUAAACGUUCAUUUCUUAGUGACUGUUUGCGAAUCGUUUCAAUAGGUACUCAGCCACAUGUUGUGUACAACUUGCUGAGGAGAUCAAAACUGGAUGCCAACAGAGAAAUCAAUGAAGCAACUUUGAAUAUCCCAGACGCAAUUACAGCCUAUAACGACUACACCAAUUUUAUCAGCCAAGCAAAAUUGGCCAUUCCAGGGCGUGGCUUUCUCUUAGACAUCCACGGCCAAACACAUCAACCUGAGAGGACGGAGCUGGGAUAUCUCAUUUCCAAACUCCGGCUCGUGCGCAAAUCCUACAACAUGAAGUACACUUCCAUCAGAAGCCUUGGGGAAUACUGGUGUGGUAAAGGCAACAACACUUGCUUUCAAGAUUUCGUCCAAGGAAAUCGAGGUCUUGGAUAUUUUAUGAAUCAAGAAGGACUGGAUGCUGUACCCUCACCACUUGACGAGGACCCAGAGGGGGAAAAAUUUUUCUAUGGCGGAUAUACGACCAGGCGCUACGGAUCAAGAUAUGGAGGGAAAAUUGACGCCAUUCAGCUGGAACUGCCGAUAGGGGUUCGUUACAAGUGGAAUGGUGAUGAUGCUUUGAAAAAUGCUUUUGCUAAAGCUAUCGUCCAAUUUUAUCAGACGAAUUACGACGCGUAA